AACAUCUCCCUCAAAUCUCUUUUCUCUAUUGUUUUCAUCAAUGGCUGCUGCUGCUGCUUCCAUUUAUAAUUACAUUCUUCUUCUUUCUCUACUAAUUGGGUUAAUUGGGUCUCUGGUCUUGGUCGAGGCUCGAAUCCCCGGCGUUUACAAUGUCGGUCCCUGGCAGUCUGCUCACGCCACUUUCUACGGAGGCAGGGAUGCCUCGGGGACAAUGGGUGGAGCUUGUGGGUACGGGAAUCUGUACAGUCAGGGUUACGGCGUAAACACGGCCGCAUUGAGCACGGCGCUAUUCAACAAUGGAUACAGUUGCGGAUCAUGCUUUGAACUCAAGUGUGUCAAUGAUCCGCAAUGGUGUCACCGUGGCAGCCCUUCCAUCUUUAUCACCGCAACAAACUUCUGCCCUCCAAAUUAUGAUUUACCGUCCGACAAUGGUGGCUGGUGUAAUCCGCCUCGUCCUCAUUUCGACCUCUCCAUGCCCAUUUUCCUUAAGUUUGCAGAGUACCGCGCCGGAAUCGUCCCCGUCUCUUAUCGCCGUGUUCCAUGCCGGAAGCGAGGAGGGAUAAGGUUUACCAUCAAUGGGUUCCGUUAUUUCAAUCUGAUUUUGAUCACGAACGUGGCCGGAGCAGGGGACAUAGUGAGGGCAAGCGUUAAAGGGUCGAACACUAACUGGAUGCCCAUGAGUAGGAAUUGGGGACAGAACUGGCAGUCAAACGCCGUUCUCGUCGGCCAGUCUCUAUCCUUCCGUUUAACCGCCAGCGACCGCCGCACAACCACCUCAUGGAACAUCGUUCCUUCCAACUGGGUGUUCGGCCAAACAUUCUCCGGGAAAAACUUCAGGGUUUGAAACUUUUUCAUUUCAUUUAUUUUAUUGUCUUGUUUUGAAUUUGUAGGAAAAUUGUGGGACUGCUGAAGCGGCUGCUAACAUUGCAAUCUCUGAAUGUAGCCCCCGCACUGCAGCUCUGUUUUGUUUACUUAGGUUGAUAUUGAUCGAUCGAUCAAUCAAUUAUUUUGUAUGAAACUGUUCUUUCUUCAUUCAAGUUCAUAGAC